AUGCCAGCCAAAAGGGAUCAAUUGAUUUCUCAUGGUAGAAAAGAAAAACGGCGCACAAACCGUACUCGAGCUUUGGAUCAAUGUCCCCAGAAGCAAGGAGUAUGCCCGCGUGUUUCAACAAGAACACCAAAAAAACCUAAUUCAGCUCCACGUAAAAUAGCCAAAGUACGGUUGAGCAAUCGACAUGAUAUAUUUGCUCACAUUUCAAGCGAAGGUCAUAAUUUGCAGGAACAUUCUAUGGUCUUAAUAAGAGGAGGUAGAGUGAAAGAUUCGCCAGGUGUGAAAUUUCACUAUAUUCGAGGAGACAAGGAUUCUGAAAGCUAA